AUGUUUGGAUAUGUUCUAGCUCGUAGAUCAAAACUUGAUUACAUCAUCAGUUUAAGGUGCACUAAAUCGAAGAACGAGUUAUUGAAGCUUCAUUUGGCCAUGAAGAUGCUUGAGUAUGAAUAUCUUGAGGUUGUACUUUCUCGUGAGCUAGUAAACUUUGGCUUCAUCGACCGGAUACAACUUCAGGAAAUUAUUGAUAAAUAUAAAGGUAUUCAUGCUAAGGUAGGGAUGGCAAAAAACCCCAUACCCAAUGGGGAACCCGAAACUCACACCCGUUUUGAUUGGGGAAUCCCCUAG